GCUCAGCAGCCUGCUUCAAGCUGGUCCCGGGGAGGAGUGGAAGGGCAAAGAAGAUGCCCUACCUGGGCUCCGAGGACGCGGUGAAGGAGCUGCAGAAGGCGCUGUGCAACCCGCACGUCCAGGCCGACCGGCUGCGCUACCGCAACGUCAUCCAGCGCGUGAUUAGACACAUGACUCAGGGUCUGGACAUGUCUCCCGUUUUCAUGGAGAUGGUGAAGGCCAGCGCCACCAUCGACAUUGUGCAGAAGAAGUUGGUGUACCUGUAUAUGUGCUCAUAUGCCCCCCUGAAGCCAGACCUGGCCCUCCUGGCCAUCAACACACUGUGCAAAGACUGCUCAGAUCCCAACCCUAUGGUUCGAGGACUGGCACUACGGAGCAUGUGCAGCCUCAGGAUGCCUGGUGUACAGGAAUACAUCCAACAGCCCAUUCUCAAUGGUCUGCGGGACAAGGCUUCAUAUGUGAGGAGAGUGGCCGUUCUUGGAUGUGCCAAGAUGCAUAAUCUUCAUGAAGACUCUGAAGUGGAUGGUGCCCUGGUGAACGAAUUAUACAGCCUGUUGCGUGACCAGGAUCCAAUCGUGGUUGUGAACUGCUUGAGGUCUCUGGAGGAAAUUCUGAAACAGGAAGGAGGUGUUGUCAUCAAUAAACCCAUUGCCCACCAUCUCUUAAAUCGGAUGCCAAAAUUGGACCAGUGGGGCCAGACUGAAGUUUUGCGCUUUCUGCUGCGCUACCAACCCCGCAGUGAUGAGGAGCUUUUCGACAUCCUCAAUCUGAUGGACGGCUUUCUCAAGAGCAGUAGCCCCAGCGUGGUGAUGGCGGCCACGAAACUCUUUCUGAUCCUGGCGCAGAAGUUCCCCCAUGUCCAAACAGAUGUGCUGGUACGGAUCAAGGGGCCCUUGCUGGCGGCCUGUUCUUCAGAGAGCCGUGAGCUCUGCUUCGCCGCCCUCUGCCAUGUGCGUCAGAUCCUGAAGAGUCUGCCUGGCCACUUCAGCAGCCACUACCAGAAGUUUUUCUGCUCCUACUCGGAGCCCCACUACAUCAAGCUCCAGAAGGUGGAGGUGCUGUGUGAGCUGGUGAAUGAUGAGAAUGUGCAACAGGUCCUGGAAGAGCUUCGAGGAUACUGCACUGACGUGUCUGUUGAUUUUGCCCAGGCGGCCAUCUUUGCCAUAGGUGGCAUCGCCAGGACCUACACAGAUCAGUGUGUACAAAUCCUCACAGAGUUGCUGGGGCUUCGACAAGAGCACAUCACCACAGCUGUGGUGCAAACUUUCCGAGACCUGGUCUGGCUGUGUCCUCAGUGUACAGAAGCUGUGUGUCAGGCCCUGCCUGGCUGCGAGGAGAACAUUCAAGAUAGUGAGGGGAAGCAAGCGCUGGUUUGGCUCCUGGGGGUCCACGGGGAAAGAAUUCCCAAUGCGCCUUAUGUGUUGGAAGACUUUGUGGAGAACGUGAAGUCCGAGACGUUUCCAGCUGUCAAGAUGGAGCUCCUCACGGCCCUGCUGCGCCUUUUCCUCUCCCGGCCUGCGGAGUGCCAGGACAUGCUGGGUCGCUUGUUGCAUUACUGCAUUGAGGAGGAGAAAGACAUGGCUGUUCGAGACCGAGGGCUCUUCUAUUAUCGCCUUCUCUUGGCUGGCAUCGAUGAAGUAAAGCACAUCCUGUGUAGCCCUAAAUCCGACCCUUCUCUUCGACUUUUGGAGGAUCAGGCAGAAAGACCCGUGAACAGCUGGGCCUCAGACUUCAAUACACUGGUACCCGUGUAUGGCAAAGCCCACUGGGCAACCAUCUCCAAGUGCCAGGGGUCAGAGCAUCAUGGCCCAGAUAAUGCCAACUCCUCAGCUGUUAGCACAUCAGGACCCCUGGUUCUUGAAGAGAACCAGGAGAGGACGCAACAACUCCAGGACUCUGGAGGCCUCGUGCUUGUUCCCAAUUGCCAGAUUACUGCUGAGUCCUUUGAGAAAACAUGGUUAAGUCUGGAAGUUGCACAGCAGCAAGUGUUCCCUUGGCAGGGAGUCAUUCAACCCGACGCCCUGCAGGUGGGCCUGCAAGUUGUGAACAUCCAGACCAUCGCGAUGAGCAGGCCCGGUGCACAGCCAUGGAAGGCCUACCUCAGUGCACAGGACGAAACUGGCUGUCUGUUCCUGACAGAACUCUUGGUGGACCUCGAGAACUCAGAAGUGCAGGCCUCGGUGAAACAAAGUGAGGCUCAGACUGAGACCCUGAGCAGUUUCAUGUCGGUCUUACAGAUGGUGAUCGGAACCGUGGGAGACAUAAAGUCAUAACAGAUUCUCGCGGCCUUACCUCAGAGAGAUGAGGCCUCACAGAAGCCAUUAUUCUUCCUGCGAGGGCUGCUUCCAACCUCGAUAAUUGCCAGUUAUAAAGGAUGGGAAAGGCAAGAAUCAGGAUUUGUAUGUGUUGCCUAAAUACCAUUAACUUAUUUAUUCUUCUCGUUGUAAAUGAAUGUCCACCCUUCCCCUUUUUAUUUUUUAAAUAAAGGUAUCAUAUGGGUAAGGGGAUGGUGAUGGGGAUGGGAAUGGGUAAAGAAAAGCAUUUGGAUUCCAUUUCAGGAGCUGAUUGACUAAUUAAAGAUGCCUGAUGUAUAUGGAAACUGAAAUUAUCACUUGUGAGGGGUCAACUUUUCUGCUGUGAAUCAUUGCAGUGAGUUCUGGACCAUUCUUAAAGUUCUAAUUAUGUGUUUUAGGCCAGAAAUUAAA